CUCACACCUUUGCUUUCUUUUUCAGAGAAACCUAUCCAUCGUCGCUCGCCCUGAACGCUUCUGCCUCACGCUCACCUCCACGCGCGCAACAGAUGCUCUUCACCUGGGACACGACCAACCUCUGCAUCGUGUUCCGCCAGUGGCACAUCACGUCCAACCUGGGUCUGGUCGCGUCGCUGGUCGCCGUGGUCGCCAUCUGCGCCGGAUACGAGGCCCUGCGCGAGGGGAUCCGGCGGUACGAGGCCGCGCUGUCCAGGCGGGUCGACACGGUGCCGCGUAAGUUUGUCUUUUCUCUUUCUGGGCUUGAGUGGCCCUUUCCUUCCCUCACCCACCCACCCAGUCCGAAUCGAGUACUUUGUACGCUUGCCUGGAGGAUGGAUCGGUCAAAGCGUGUGUAACCUGCAUGAGUGAGAAAAUCAAUCCGCUAAGAAGCGUCGCGCCUGGAUUGAGUGCCCCGAUCCCCGUCGCCGCCGCCGCGCCAAUCUGAGGAAGCAGAUACUGAAAACACCCCAUUUCUUGCGCUGCGUGCAGGGCAGAGCCGGGAGCAGGUUUCGCGGCGGGCCCAUGUUGUCAAGGCGGUGCUCUAUGGUUUCCAGACUUUCUACGCCUUCAUGAUCAUGUAAGUUUCAAAUUGUGAUCUUCUGUCUUUCCCGAGACGGC